AUGACUGCCGCCCUUCAAACUUCUAGAAAAAUAUUUGAAGAAAUUCAAUCCCUUUCCGAAAAAGCAAAUUAUAACGACGAAGUAAUCAGGUCACUUGCAGUACACAUUAAGACAGCCGGCUUAUGGCUGAUGGAUCUGAAUCCGCCAGAGGAGAAAUGUCAUCUGGCGUAUAAAAAUUAUAUUGAUAUUCUUACCCAGAUUAGAGAUUAUAUAUAUGAAUUAAGCGAAUAUGGAAGCUUCAGCAAACGGUAUCUCGAAAAGACCAAAGAUUUCGAAAGAUUAUAUGAAACUUGUAUUACAAAACACGACGAAGUAAUUCGGGAAUUUAAACUCUCGCUUAACAUAGCUUACGACAUUCCUGCUAGUCAAUACCUCGUGGAACAGAUGCGCACGUACGCCAACAUAGCACUGAGGAAAAAAGGCAUAGAGAUCCCCAGAAGCGAACUUGAGAAAAUACAGCUGAGUUCAGAGUGGAUUUGUGAUGAAGAAGAUGAUGAGCCAGUGGUUAGGGGAAAAGAGAAACAGAUAAAACGUCAGCUGUAUGGCACUCAGGAAGUGGCGGUCAAAAAGAUAGAGAAUGAAAAUAGGGACUUGGUCAAUAGAUAUGCCUUUUUCAUGUCGAAGUUAUCACACUGCAAUAACAUUGAAAAAUUCUAUGGAAUCCUUCGCAUUAAUCACGAUCUUUAUGUCGUGACAGAAUGGGCCGAAGAAGGUAAUCUCGAAGACGUUCUCCAAAGCGACCGAGAACUUUCGUGGUUACGUAGGCUUAAGAUUUCAGAACAAAUCGCUAAUGCUUUAGAAUUUAUUCAUCGUGCUGAGAUUUAUCAUCACAAUGUGAAGAGUCGAAACGUAUUAUUAGAUGAGCAUUUGAACGCAAAACUAACGGGAUUUGAUUCCAGUCGGUUUAACGUACAAUCAACAACAAGCAAUGAUGAAAGUAUCUCAAGCCUGCGCUUCUCGAUCGUUUUAUGGGAAAUCGGAAGGCGUGAAAAGCCGUUUAAAGAUAUCGAUGACGAUCUGGAUGUCGCCAACCGUAUAAUGAGAGGCGAACGCCCGCCGAUCCCUAUGGACGCACCUUCCGAAUACAUUGAAUUGAUGAAACAAGGGUGGUCAGAUAAUUCUAGUAGCCGCCCGAUCAUUCAAACGAUGAGAGAAAAACUUCAUAAAUUAGUAAGGCAAUAUCAAAAUCGCGGUAAUGCAACUUCAUUACCGCAUUCAUCACCGUCUAUCAUUGACACACCAAUAAUCACAAAUACUGGGAGCCAAAACCACUCGCCCAUUCCACCGCUCAAUGAUGCAAUUAAGCUGCAUUCUCAGAAGAAUUACGCCGAAGCCUUUUCAUUAUUUCAGCAACAUGCAGAGAAAAGUGCAACCGCAAAAUUCUUCUGUGGCUAUUAUCUGUAUCACGGAAUGGAUGGCGUUUGCAAAAAUGAGGAUAGAGCAAUUGUAUACCUUCGCGAAGCGGCUGAUGCGGGAAAAUCAGAAGCUCAAGUACUAUAUGCCAAGGUAUGCCUUCACGGUAGCACCUAUGAUGGUGAAAACGGUAUUAAAUAUCUAAAAAAGGCCGUUAAAAAUAAUGAUCGAUCAGCGUUAGAGAUGUGGGCAGAAAUAUUGUAUGAUGGGCGGUUUGAACAAGACAUGAAUACUGAUGAGGCAUAUAAAGUUUGGGAAAAAGCGGCGAGUAUGGGAAGCACUAAUGCGAAAAGAAAACUAAAAGAAUUAUUCCCGAAUUUUGAUUCAUAG